AACAAUGUGGUCCACAGCAGGGUCCACAGCCCUUUACGUCUGUUUGUCAAGCAGUCAGCUCUACAAAGGCAAGGUCAGCUCUCCUAUUUCGACACCACAGAGCACUUCUGGAACUGGCUCGCCAACAUCACCGACACCCAAGAGUCUCUAGUACGAACUAAACGGCGGCCUAUUGUUAAAACCGGAAAGUUUAAAAAAAUGUUCGGCUGGGGGGAUUUUCAUUCCAACAUUAAAACUGUCAAGUUGAACCUACUCAUCACGGGCAAAAUCGUAGACCAUGGAAAUGGCACCUUCAGUGUUUACUUUCGCCAUAACUCCACAGGGCUUGGGAAUGUUUCUGUGAGUCUCGUUCCACCCUCCAAAGUGGUGGAGUUUGAACCUUCUGCUCAGUCUACCCUAGAGAACAAAGACACCAAAUCCUUCAACUGCCGGAUUGAGUAUGAGAAAACAGACAGAGCCAAGAAGACUGCUUUGUGCAACUUUGAUCCUUCUAAAAUCUGUUACCAAGAACAAACCCAGAGCCAUGUAUCCUGGUUGUGUUCCAAACCCUUUAAAGUUAUUUGCAUAUAUAUUGCUUUCUUCAGCAUUGACUAUAAACUUGUGCAAAAAGUUUGUCCUGAUUAUAAUUACCAUAGUGAGACACCCUAUUUGUCAUCUGGUUGA